AUGGCCGCUAUCGCGCACUACUGGUUUUACAACGACACGAGCGAAACGGUCAUCAGCGCGGUCAUUUUUCAUGAUGAUGUGACAGAAGAUAUCAAAACCAAAAUUAAUCAAUCUUUUAUGGGCAAGAUCACACGCCCCUCGGAGAAAAAGGCAAAGUUAAGUGCAAAUGAAUAUGCACUUUUUGCUGAAUUGUAUAAGGGACAACUGCCGAAAAAAAUCGCCAUGAAAAAUGCGACUAACGUAAAAAAUAUCUAUGCCAUGAAAAUACGCAUAGAGAAUAAACUUGGCGUUCCCAUUUCAAGACUUGCCAGUUGA